GCAAAUAUGUAUCUGUUUCAUUUCAAUCAAUUUGUAUUUGCUUCGUGUACAAAAAGUGUGGUUAAUCAAAGGUGAUUACCUCGACACGUGCUGGGAUCACAUUGCGAUACAAAUUGUGAGUCGUAGGUUGUAACCGAUUGUAAUCAGAGAUUUGAGAUUCAACAUUCAACAUGAAAGAGGAAAUUAAAGAUUUCUCGAGCUUAAAACUGAACUCUUGGCUUCUCGCGCAAUGCGAAUCUAUGGGUUUAAAAAAACCAACUCCAAUCCAACAGAAUUGCAUUCCUCGAAUAUUGAUGGGCGAAGAUUGCAUAGGUUGUGCCAAGACAGGUAGUGGCAAGACUCUCGCAUUCGCUCUGCCUAUUUUGCAAAAGUUGUGUGAAGAUCCGUACGGUAUAUUCGCUCUUGUCUUAACACCCACGAGAGAACUAGCUUUCCAGAUUGCUGAUCAGUUUGCUGCUAUUGGCAAAGCUAUCAACUUGAAGAAAUGUGUAAUUGUUGGUGGUAUGGAUAUGAUGGUUCAAGGAUUGGAAUUAUCAAAACGACCGCAUAUAGUUGUCGCUACACCAGGUCGACUAGCAGAUCAUUUAGAUAGUUGCGAUACUUUUUCUUUACAGAAAAUCAAAUUUUUGGUAUUGGACGAGGCAGAUAGACUGCUCGGUGGUCAUUUUGAUGAACAACUUAAGAAAAUAUUUAGUGCAUUACCUAAACAGAAACAAGUUUUGUUAUUUAGCGCGACAAUGACAGAUGCUCUUGAUAAAGUGAAGCAAAUAGCCUCUGAUAAGGUUUUUCUAUGGGAGGAGAAGGACGAUGGUGGUAUCGCGACUGUAAGGGAAUUAGAUCAGCGUUACGUGUUAUGUCCCAAGGAUGUACUCGAUUCAUACCUGGUAGAAGUAAUUAGGACAUUUCGUGCCACGAACAAAAACGGUUCUAUUAUGAUAUUCACUGACACUUGCAAACACUGUCAAUUAUUAUCGAUGACGUUGAACGAUGUGGGAUUUACAAACGUGGCUCUUCACGCGAUGAUAAAACAGAAAGAACGUUUAGCAGCAUUAAACAGGUUCAAGUCGGAUCAUGUACAGAUACUAAUUGCUACUGAUGUUGCGGCAAGAGGUUUAGAUAUUCCUACAGUAGAACUGGUCAUUAAUCAUGUAAUACCGAAUGUACCAAAGGAAUACAUUCAUAGAGUUGGUAGGACAGCUCGUGCAGGUAGAAAUGGUAUGGCGAUAAGCUUGAUAACUCCACACGACAUCAAAUUAUUGCACGCGAUCGAAGACACCGUAGGCACUAAGUUAACGGAAUAUAAAGUAGACGAUAAGAAAAUCGUUACAAUUCUGACACAAAUAUCAGUCGCGAAACGAGAAGCGGAAAUCAGAUUGGACGAGACUGAUUUUUAUGAAAAGAAAAUGAUUAAUAAACGAAAAAAGUUAAUUUUAGAAGGAUAUGAAAGUGACGAAACACAAGAGUUGGAUAAUAUAAAUGACAUCAGAGAGAAAAGGAAAAAGCGUAAAGAGAGAAAGAAAAAGAGUUAA